UGACAUUUCAAUAAAAAUCGUGUUCGUAACAUCACGGUAUUCUUUUGAGUCGUGGGUUUCAUCGCUUUCGUGGUUUAUGUGGCCUUGUUUUCGUGAACAGAAUGUAUCCACAUGAUAGUUAUCAAUUAUGGAUGGGCAAUUUGGAACCAUAUAUGACUGAAGAAUUUAUUGGUUCUGCAUUUCGUUCGUUGAAUGAAAAAGUACUAUCGGUUCGAAUAAUUCGUGAUAAAAAAACUGGAGCAAUUGCAGGAUAUGGUUUUGUACGUUUUGAAACAUACGGUAGGGCUUUAACAGCCAUGCAUAGAUUAAAUGGUAAGCCGAUUCCGGGAACUCGACCAAUAGUUCGUUUUAAACUCAACUUUCCAGUUAACAAUAACUCAAAUCCGUUUAGCAAAGAAAAAAAUUAUAGCGUUUUUGUGGGUGAAUUGUCUUCCGAUGUUGAUAAUUAUCAGCUUUAUUACGCAUUUUCUUCACUAUAUCCAUCAAUAAUGUAUGCUAAUGUGAUUUAUAAUAGUUCUGGAUUCUCUAGGGGAUUUGGUUUCGUGCGUUUUUCCAGUGAGGCAGAACAAAGGUUGGCUGCAGAACAAAUGAAUGGAUUUAAUGGACUAGGUCUAAAAACUAUCAAAGUUAGUAUAGCCUCUUGGAAAUAUAAUUCACACAUGAAGGAAUGUGAAUAUCCAGCCCAAGUCACUCAAACUGAAAAUACAACAUUGAAUUAUUCGACAUCGAAUUAUUAUUAUAAUAACUAUGAACAGGAUCACUCAUAUGAUUAUAACAAUAUGUAUAAUUCAUACGAAAUGAAUGAUGUGAAUGCAUAUCAAUAUGAAGAACCAUAUACAGAAAAUAAUGUAACAUAUGAGCCAGAAUGUCCGCCAGGUGAAGAAUGCAAUUCAAAUGAAAUUACUGUUCACAACAGUGAAGCUGGUGAAGAGGAUUUAGUAGAUUAUCGGAGUGAGAUUAAUGUUGAUGAAUUAAACCAGGAAACCAUGAAUCAGGAUAAUCAGUUUUACGAUGCAUUGGAAACUUCAAAGUGGAGUACCGAUACAUACAUAGAUUUUGAUUCAUUACUGGAUUAAAUUGUCUAUUUUGAUUGAGAAAGUUUUUGGUCUGAUUUAGUAAAAUUUAAAAUAUAAUAUCAGAUUUAGAGUAAAUACAUGUUAUCCAUUUUUCAUUUGAAGUUAUAAAAA